CGUACAUCGCCUCUCCCCGUGGCAUCAACCAGCCGGUUGGUGCUCGCUUGCGAUCGAUAGCUAUUCUUAGCUGUACGGGAAUGAGUUGCAUUUCGAUGUAAACAACGAUCGAUGCGGAGUGAAAAAUGGAGGAUCCUGGCGAGGAAAGCAAUCUUGUGGUGGACGGGAAUGCUGCUGCGAUCCCAGAGGAAGGAAGUCGUCCACCGGGUAGAGGCCUGUUCAUCCUGGAGCCUCCAAUUUUCCUAAUAUCUUUUGCACUCAAUGUAUCAACUGCUGUGUUCACCGAUCAGCUGGUAUAUCAGGCGUGCGUCGUUUCACUGGGUAUCAACCAAACGGAGUGUGAUAAACUCGGUAAAGAAUAUGAAUCUCCCGAAGUGCAAGCCCUGGAAGCUCGGGUGCAACCCUAUUCGGCGGAUAUUCUGAUGGCUGAAUCUCUGGCAGAUUCAAUUUUACCAGCCUUUAUGAAUCUUUUCAUUGGACCAUGGUCCGAUCGAUUCGGUCGGAAACCUGUUCUACUGCUCACCUUCAUCGGCUGCACGCUGUCUCACUUGCUCAUAACUGUGAUAUGUGCCCUAUCUAGCUGGUACCGACUGGAUCCUUGGUACUACGCUAUAUCAUUUGUACCUUCUGCCCUGUCCGGUGCCACUUGCACCAUGCUGACGAGUGUGUUUUGCUACAUAGCUGACGUUACCAGCGAGCAGGAGCGUGGCAACAAAAUGUCCGUCAUGGAAGCAGCGCUGUACAGCGGAAUGCUAGUGGGAAACAUUAGCAGUAGUUUCAUUCUCAGAUUGACCAAUGCCUUCACGGUAUUUGCCAUUUCUACCGGUUCGUCGAUGUUGGCUGUGCUGUACAUAGCCUUUAGCGUGAAGGAAAGUGUUCAAAUUACCGAGGAAGAUCGUUGCGAGUCGUGCUGUUCCAAGUUGAGGUUCCUAUUCCGGCCCAGAAUGGUGCUAGAUACUUUCAAAACCUGUUUCAGUUGGAGAUCAAACUACGGAAGGGCUAUUAUUCUCAUAGGAAUACUCACACUGGGAGGAAACAUAUUUGCCAUCGAGUCCAACAACACAGUGUUCUUCCUGUUCGUCCGGAAACAAUUCAAUUGGGCUGUCAGGAAAUAUUCAUUCUACAGCUCAACAGAGACAGUGCUGCUGGUGAUGGGAAACCUACUGGCAACAUAUAUCUUGGAGAGGCUAAUAGGAUUAACCGAGGCAGGUAUCGCAUCGAUUGGAUUCUUCAGCUGGAUGGUGAACAGCAUUGCUAUCGCAGUUGCUUCCGAACCGUGGCACUUGUAUUUAGCAAUCGCAAUCUGCACGCUGAAGGGUGUCACAGAUCCGAUGACGAGGGCUUUCAUUUCGAAUGGAGCGCCUCCGGAAGCUAUUGGUAGUAUAUUUUCGUUUUCAACAACUUUUGAAGCACUAAUGCCACUUGGUGCUGCUCCACUGUAUACGAUUGUGUACAAACAUACGCUCGAGUAUAGCCCGGGAACGUUUAGCUGGAUCAGCGCUGGGGUCUAUGGCUUGUGUUACUGUUUGACUAUGAGCGUCUGCAUCCUACAAUCCAUGAGUAGUAAUUCCCAUUACCCAUCCAUAGACUGAUAGAUAGUUUGUUACUAUUGUGUUCUAGUGUGAUAUUGUUAGCCAUACUUAGAAAGUGUUUAUAAAUGGAGCAUGCAGAAAU